GCUAGAAAAAACCUGCGCAAGCUUUGCUCGAUUUUAAAUCAAUAUCGCAAAAAUGGUCUCCUUCAACGCUCUUUUUGUCGCCGGAGUCUUGGCUAGCUCUGUCAUCGCUGCUCCUGUCAAGGGGGGCAAGCGUGGUAUGGCCUACAAUGACCCUCAGGCUGUGGCUGCUUUCAAGGGUACUCGUGCUUUCUCCUGGGCCUAUAACUGGGGUUCUAGCUCUGGUAACAUCUUGGGUGGAAUCGACUACACUCCUAUGCUCUGGGGACAGAAGUUUUUCGGCCAAUGGGCCGAGUCAACCCCUUCUAUUCUAUCUACCGGUUGCAAAUAUGUUCUCAGUUUCAACGAACCUGAUAUCCCAUCGCAAGCGAACAUGUCUCCUCAGGAUGCAGUCCAAGCACACAAGCAGUACAUGAAACCCUUUGUUGGAAAAGCCUCUAUCGGUUCCCCUGCAGUUUCUAACGGUGGUGGCGAGAUGGGUCUGAGCUGGCUGGGCAAAUUCCUUGACGGCUGUGCAGGGCAAUGCAACAUCGACUUCCUCAACGUCCACUGGUACGACUCUGCCCAAAACGUUGCAGCCUUCAAGAAGCACAUCACCGAUUCUGUCAACUUGGCCCACAGCCACGGUAUCGACAAGAUCUGGCUUACCGAAUUCCGCGGAGAUGGUGACGAAAACUCUCAGGUCCAAUUCUUACACGAGGUUCUCCCAUGGCUCGACAGCAAUGCGGGCGUUGCUCGUUACUCCUAUUUCAUGGCUGAUGAUCUCGUUAAGGGAGCUUGGGCAUUCACUCGUUUACGGUUUUUGGCGUUCUGGUUUCAUCAAGUGCAUACGAAAGAUCCGCACUGA